AUGGGAAUGUGCAAGUGUGUGUUCUUAUGUCCAGGAACCAGCGGAAAAGUCCACUACGCAGCUGGCAGGCCACGGCCCCGUCCUGUGAACGGCACCAUGCCAGUGGCAUCGCACAUCACCGCAGCACUGCAGGAACUCAGUAUUGAGCAACUAGGCAGGUGCAUGAUCGAUGCAGCUGCGUAUCAGCAGCUGGUCAAAAAGCUGCUCCAGUCCUCGCAGGUUUCUUGUGUAAAUGAGGAACUGAAGAAGAGCAAUCGAGAUGUUGCUCAAAGCAACUUGGAGCGUGAGAAAGAAAUGCAGGAAAUUGGAAACCACAUCGCAAUCAUAAAGUCCUCUGAGUACGCUGAUGCCAAAGGCCUGUACCAUGAGCAGCUGCAGCGACAGCAGGAGGUGGUGGGACGUUUGAGCAUUCCAGUGCUGCGAGAGCAACUGCAGCAGGCUGCCAAAAAGGUUGAUGAAGAAUCCGAAGAUUAUAGCAGAAGAUUCUUGUCUGGAGAUAUAUCUGCUGAGACAUUCACUGAUGAGUUUUGCAAGCUAAGGAUGACAUACUAUGCACGGGAGCUGAAGGCCCAAGCUGCAGGACAGCUUCAGUAA